UAAUAUAUACAGGAGUUAAAUACCUUACAAGGUAUUAAUGAAGGUGUAGCUAUGUGUGGUAGAUAUUUUACCAGUCUUCCAUUUCCCCUGUGUUUAUAAUUAAGGAGUCAUGGCGCUGAUGGUGGGAGAGGUGCUGCCCCUCCCCCCUGAUCACUCCUCUACCUACCAGGUCUUCCACCGCCUGGCCACCUCCUCCCUCACCCAGGACAAGGUGGCCCUCAUCUCCGACGCCACCAAGAUCACCUACCGGGACCUCCUGAAGAUGGUAGACUCCCUGUGUGUGUGGCUCAGGAGGAGAGUUCAGGAGACAGGGGCCAGGUGUGGUGAUGGUGGCACGGGUCUUACUACUGUCGCUCUUUGUCUACACCGAAGUCCUAAGCUGGUGGCGUUGAUUCUGGCUGUAUGGAAGCUGGGGUGGGCCUACGUGCCCCUCGACCCUACCGUGCCCGCCCUCCGUACCCUGUAUGUGUUGAGGGACGCCGAGCCCGCCUGUGUGGUGACGGACGCCCACACCAGCAUCAAGGUGAGGCAGCUAGAGUGUGACACAACCAUCGCCCCGCUGGUGGACGACGCCCCGGGUCUCCCACACUCACCCGACGUACCUUACUGCCUCGCUGACCGCAUCCUCGACAUUAGUGACUGGUCGAGUAGCUCCUCCACCACAGAGGAAGAGAGUGACUUAACACCCAGGGCGGGGGAGGUGGCGUGUGUCCUCUACACCUCCGGCAGUACAGGUAACCCCAAGGGCGUCCAGCUGACGAUGAACAACCUCAUGAACCGCAUACACUGGCAGUGGAAGGAGCUGCCUUAUAAAAGUAACGAGAUCUGCCUCAUGUCCAAGUCCCUGACCUUCGUGGACUCUGUGACGGAGGUGUUCGGGCCGCUGCUGGGGGGCGUACCUGUGGUGGUGGUGAAGGAGGCAGCAGUCAACCCGGAGCUGUUGAUCAAGUACGUCAGUCAACACAGGGUGACGCGCCUGGUGGUGGUGCCCUCGCUCCUCAAGUUACUGCUGCUGUACCUCAACACUACCAAGGAGUCCAUCAAGUUCCUCCACAGGUUCAUCCACAUCUGGAUUACCAGCGGCGAGACGCUCCCUGGAUGGCUCAUUAACGACUUCUUCGCCAUGUUCCCCGACAGUAGGUUCAUCAACUUAUACGGCUCGACGGAGGUGACGGGCGACGUGUCUUACUUCCCCAUCGAGGAGAACAACUGGAGGGCGGGGGUGAAGGUGCCUGUGGGGUACCCGGUAUCCAACACGGCCCUCAUGGUACUGCGGCAGGAGGGUAACGCUCUGUGUCUGGCGGAGGAGGACCAGUCAGGUGAGAUUGCGGUACUGGGUAAGAAUGUCUGCUGUGGCUACCUCCGAGGUGAACUGUACAAGGAGGAGAACUCUUCCUCCUUCCUUCCCGUGUCUUCUAUAGUAAUAAAACACGACAAACACAGGGACAUCCUUCAUGACUACAUCAACAAGAUCUGCGGUGGUGAAGGUGAUGACCACACAGACGCGGCACCUCAGAACCAUCACCGGCCAGACCACAUCCAUAAUGGUAAGCACGAGACCAAACCAGACGGUAAACUCACACACACGAGGCCAGCAACACACACGAGGCCAGCAACACACACGAGACCAGCAACACACACGAGACCAGCAACACACACGUCAUCCGUCCGACACAUUGAGCGACAGAGCACGACGCCCUCCACCUCCUGCAGCCCUAAACUCCCCCGACAGAAGACCUGCCCGAGUAGCUUCACCAAGACCCCUCCAGCCCUAGCCACUCGCCCCAAGACCACACCAACACCAUCAGGAAGGACCACCACGCCCCCAGCCGUCCCUCCCAGAACAUCAACACCUCCCCCAGUACCUCCAAGGGCGCUUCACAAGACGGCCACCUCCUCAGCGAGCUCUAAGACGUCAGAACCUCACUCCAAGACGAUGACGGCGACGACGACGGUGAACUCCUCAGUCAGUCCCUCAAAGACCUCGACGAGACCAGCCAGGGAGACGAGACCGAGAGUCGAGGACACCACUACCUCGACGACGGGCGUGGAGGUGCAACAGGUGGGCGUGGAGGUGCAACAGGUGGGCGUGGAGGUGCAACAGGAGGGCGUAGUGGAGGUGCAACAGGUGGGCGUGGAGGUGCAACAGGAGGGCGUAGUGGAGGUGCACAGAGGAGGUGUGGUGGGCGUAGAGGGUGCAACAGGAGGGCGUGGAGGUGCAACAGGUGGGCGUGGAGGUGCAACAGGAGGCGUGGAGGAGGUGCAGCAGGAGGGCGUGGAGGAGGUGCAACAGGUGGGCGUGGAGGUGCAACAGACGGGCGUGGGGGAGGUGCAACAGGAGGGCGUAGAGGAGGUGCAACAGGUGGGCGUGGAGGUGCAACAGAAAGACAUGAUGGUGUACAGAACAGGAGACAUAGGCAGGGUGGUGGGCGGUCAGCUGGUGUUUGAAGGGCGUCGCGAUACUCAGGUGAAGGUGUGUGGCGUCCGGGUGGGUCUGGCGGAGGUGGAGGAUGCUGUCUACAGGACCGGUACAGUAUGUGGAGAGUCACUGUGUCCCUGGCAGCCACGGAACAGGACGCUGACGAAGGAACUGUUGAUCACGUACUUGGUGGCCUUUGUGGUAUUGAAGGCAGAAUUUGAGGAUCGCGACACACCAAUAACGGAAGACUUGGUGAGAUGCCUGCGGAACUACUUGCCGCAGGUGACCGUGCCGCGGCUAGUGGUGGUGGACGCCUUGCCGCAUCUUCCCAGCGGUAAAGUCGACCGUCAGAAUCUCUUGCGUCUGUACCGUCGACGCAUGCCUCACCGCAGUUCCCGUGAUAACAUUCUUAUCUUGAGGAAGGAAGAACCCAUUGAAUCGCGAGUACUACGUAUUAUCUGCGGUGCUCUCGGGGUAGGACGCUCUCACGACAUACUGCAGAGGAACUUCUUCGACUUGGGAGGCACGAGCAUUACUUCAGUGGGCGUGGUGGUGCGCCUGCGAGAGCUGGGUUUGGAUGUGACCCUUGAUGCCUUCCUUAAAGCUGCCACUAUUGGGGAAGUGGUCAAUGAUAUCUUAAAGGCCAAGACAAUGGCAGAGGUAAUGAAUCUUUUCUGUUCGCCUUCCCCUGCUAUUCCUUCCUCUACCCCCUCCCGGUCCUCCGUCACCAGCAGAGAGGAGGAGGGGGUCGACAAACACACAGUCAUUGAAAUGGUAGCCGAGAGCUUCACCACCAAGAACCCACUGGACGUAACCAUGAAGGUGCCUCGGGCCGCACACCGCAGCCUCCUCAACGCCCUGUGGCCCCGCCUGGUCAAGGACGACCUCAGCUUCGUGGUGAAGGACCCACAGCGAGGCAUCUUAGGGGCAGUAAUCAACACAGACUUCUUUAAUGAACCCCAGGUACAGGUGCCGGCCAGUAUGGAGGAGAUCGCUGCCCUACAUGAACCACUGGAGGAGGAGGCCAGACAGCAGCUACAGCAGGAAGCCAGAAACAGAACUACUCAUUGGGUCCAUAACCUCUUCCUUGCCACCAGUACCUCCCUCAGACCUCAGGACAACGUGCGCCUGGCCUUACACCUGGAGAAGGAACUACUGAGGGUGGCACAGACCAAGAUGUAUUAUGGAGUCUUCACAGUCAACUCAAACCCUCUCAAUCAGCUGUUGUGUGAGAACUACUUGGGGUACCAGAGACGGGGUGCUGUACGGGUGUCCUCCUUCAUCUACCGCGGCAGGCAGCCCUUCGCCUCCUUACCACACGACCUCCUCCUGGUGGCCAUGACCAAAACUAUAUGAGCGCGUCCCAUGAGAAGCACGUGACUCGGCCCUCGGUGAUGAUGAGUCCUUGAUGUGGAAUUUAGACUCUUGAUGUGGACUCUGGACUCUUGCUGUGGACUCGGGACUCCUGAUGUGGACUCUGGACUCUUGAUGUGGAUUUUGGACUCUUGCUGUGGACUCUGGACUCUUGCUGUGGAUUUCUGAGCUUUGUACUCUUACUUGUUAACAUUUUCCUUUUCCCCAAAGACUUAGAUAUCCACAUUUUUACCCGUAUAUGAACCUAACCUAACCUCAACCUAACCUAACAUAUCACAAAUUGUUCUGCCAAUGUUCCGAGGCAAGUAAUGUUCUCCGGAUAACUUGUUCAUAUGUGUCUUACCUGUUCAUAUUUCUGGCUUUGAUGUUCACUGUGUUCUUCUUGACUGUGGUGUUCAUUGUUCAAUCUAUCAACUUGGUUCUGGGUUAAGUGAAGAUUAGCAGAAUAGUUUAUUGUACGCGGUGAUUAAGCACUCUUAAUGCGGUUCAGAAAUAAUUAAACCAAACCUAACCUAACUUAACCAAACGUAACCUAACCUAAUCUAACCUGACCUGACUUAACCUAACCUGAUCAUUUAACUAAGAUGGUAAAAAUCGGAUAAAAUAGACAGUUGGCCAAGUGAGAUGACAUCGUAAAGUUAUGUUGUAAUGCCGUUGUUUACUUUAGAACCUGACGUAUUCUUCCAGUUGUUUGAUGUGAUGUAACUUAGAACUUGUGUGUGGGUUCUGGUAACUGUUCCAAUACGUCAUUCUGGCUUUUACUGUCGAGGAAUUAGCUUGGCUGGGAAAUGUACAGUUGCUUACACAUACCUGGUACAAGGGGCUGGUGGGUUUUUUGAGAUGUGGCAACUGUGCGGACGGUUUAUUGAGCGUCAUUAGUUUGGUUAUUAUUGUGAGGUUCCUUAGGGGCCAUUCUGGGAGUGUUAAUACGAUGUAAAUGAACACAGAAUUGCCACAUUUCUCAACACUUGCCAGUCGCUGUAUCGAGUAUAAAUAUGGUCCGGAAACUAUCAUAUGUGUAUGAUUUUAUGUGAGACAAUAUAACACAACGGCCGAAGGAUUUUGACGACCCCACGAGACACCAGGAGUCGCGGCGUUCAUUUUGAUAAUCAUCGUCCAUACCUCCCCACAAUGAUAACCUCUACAGCGAGGAACACGACAAAAACAAACAUUAAUUUUCUUUUAUACUUUGGAAGUUUAUGAUUAUAGAAACAAACUCACAACUAUUAAGUGUAGUUUAAUUAUUUCUUCCUUACGUUUACCGAUAUUUCAGGACUAGUGAGAGCUGGAGGUUGAGUCAGGAAGCAGAUUACUGUGUUAGGGUAGGAUACAUCGCCUUCAGUACAGGAUUUAUGAGGUGUAGACGCCAUUGUGGGUAGGAGAGCCACAGAACAACUAAGGUAUAUUGAAAGAGGAGUUUAUUUAACCACUAAUGAAAUCUUGUCGACAGAAGCGUGUCCAGUACUGUAUGUUAGUCUCUGUAAUGUUGUAAUGAUUCUGUGUUAUAAUAUUGUAGAUAAAAAUUACCAUAAUACAGUGUGUAGUGUAAUGGAUGGUGUAAAAUUAUAGUGAUUACCAUAGUAGUGUCUGAUGUAAUGGGUGCUGUAAUAUUUUAGUGGAGUGGUCGCCAUAAUACUAUUGGAAUGGGUUAAGGUGAUAUAGUCUGGGUGAUGGUGAGACUUGUUGGUGACGUAUUGUUAACUCAGUACAGUACAUUAUAAACUUUGACAACAGAACGGUAAAAAGUAGACAAUUGAGCUUCUUAACACACACACACAGACAUGGUUGUAUAUCCAUCUAUAGAAUCAAAUUAGUUUUAACAUUCAUAUAAUCGUGUUUUUUUAAUUUAUUUAUUGAUAUUUAAGACAAUUUUAUCCCCAUUCGGUUCUUUUGGUUAAUAUCUUAAGACGUUAAUUUAUUUCCAUUCCUCAUUUUCCGGUUUUUGUGGGAUUUGAUCUUAUAUUUUUUAAGGUACAGUAUAUGUGAAGAGAGAGAGAGAGAGAGAGAGAGAGAGAGAGAGAGAGAGAGUGUGUGUGAGCAGGCAAUGUCAGCACUGUACUGUCACUGUAUACACAACACAACACAGUACAGUACAUUAAUAUAACCCAUAGACACAUUAAAGUACCUCAAUUCACUAUAUCAAGAAACAAAAGAUAUUUAUAACAUGGUAUAAUAUUUCUAUAUAGUAUUUCUCCCUAACUAACAUAUAUAAUAUCUCAAAGACUUUAUUACAGGGUUUAAAAGACCGCCAUAGUGGGGAUUGAUUUAUUGAUAAUUGGAAAGUUUUAUAAGUCUCACAUCAACCAGUUAGGGUACAGUGUUGCCAAGGAGUGAAGGAUUAUUAUGGGAGGAUCUUUAUGGUAGUGAAGGAUUCCUGUGGUAGGGGAGGAUCCUAUGGUAGGGGAGGAUCCUAUGGUAGAGAAGGUUUCCUGUGGUAGUGAAGGAUCCUAUGGUAGGGGAGGAUCCUAUGGUAGAGAAGGUUUCCUAUGGUAGGGGAGGAUCCUAUGGUAGGGGAGGAUCCUAUGGUAGAGAAGGUUUCCUAUGGUAGGGGAGGAUCCUAUGGUAGAGAAGGUUUCCUAUGGUAGGGGAGGAUCCUAUAGUAGGGGAGGAUAUUUAUCGUGGGAGUUUACCUUUUUAGGAAUGGGUGAAAGCAUUAAUAAUUUUACUUCUUUACAGAGUAUUUUAUUUAUUUUUUAUAUAGUGAAUUAGAUCAUUAACACCUCCACUACAGGGACGCCACUGUUGAUAUUUGAUCCGGAUAACGUCAGGUGAUUUUAUUUGGCACGGAAGCGACACUGUACAUGGGGGGUUUAGUAGAUUAUAAUUGAAAUCAUUCUUACGUGGUCCAUUGUGUAAUAUUAUAUAGCUAUUUACUAAACACAUAUUGUUAUUUAUUAAAAGUUAGAAUAGGGUAAUUUGGGUUUUUCUUUGAGGUUGUGGUGAUGUAACACACACCUGUAUCUGUACCCUACCUAGACGGCUACAGCUCUGAUCAAACCCCUGGAACUUGGCAAUAUAUAACCUAUUCUUGUCUUUACAGAUAUGAUAAAAAAAAUGUUGUCAUGUUAACUUAGAAUACACAAUUAACAUUUAUGUGGAUCCUAGCUUAUGUUAACUUAGGAUAUACUACUAACACACCCAUAACAGAAGGUCUAUACAUGGUCAGUGUUUUACCGUCAUUAAGUCAUAUAUGAGUCUUAGAGAGUCAAGUUGUGUUUCUAGGGACCUGAUGUUGUAAAAAAAUUUGAUACCAUAAAGGAAGCAAUUUGUUAUAGAAUAUUUAUUGUCAUAGAAACAUUCGGUACAAUAAAUUUACAGAAAAGUG